AUGGUAGACGCGAGGCCACCCCACGAUGCCUUGACAGUCGUGCGGGCGAAGGAAACCGACGGACAGGGCUUCGUCGUCCUGACCUCCCUCACCCUGGAUCCCAAAGCCAUCGCGAUAGCGCUAGCUCCAUUCUUGGGUCUCAACAUCAUCGUGGUGGGCUUGUGGGGGUACAUCAGCUGGUCAGACCCAGCUGGGGAGGGGGGGUGCACCCUGGGGAGGAAGCGAGCAGAAACGCCUCACUACUGCAACUACUGCCGGAAGACGGUGCGGGGUUUCGAUCACCACUGCAGCUGGCUAAACACCUGCAUCAGCGCGCGCAACUACGCGCACUUCUACCUCCUGGGAGUGUCCGGGUCGCUGCUGUACCUGUACAUGACGGUGGCAGCGACGCUGACCGUCAUCUGGGCAGACGAAGACGACCAGCGAGAGGCCUUCGGCUCCCUGACGGCCUCGAGAAUAACGUGGGGGAUUUUCAUCGCGGUGGCGGGGUGGAUCGCGGUUAGCUUCGUUGCCCUGGCCGGGUUCCACACGUACCUCCUCUUGGUGGGGCUUGGGACGUACGACUGGGUAGUAAUGCAGAACCAAAGGCGGCAAGAGAAGCUCACCGCCAGGAGAAGCGCCGGCGGCGCCGGCGGCGCAGACUCGCGGCCCGGGUUUUGCGGCAUCGGGUGUGGGUGUGGGCGAAGACCGCCGGCGGUGCCCACCGCCUCCACCGUGCAAGACGUGGCCGGGUUUUCCACCCCUGGCCGACCAAGGUCCAACGGGUCUUGGGGUGGAGCUGGGAUGGGCGCCGGUGUCACGCCGCCAAGAAGCAGGAUCCUGUCGGGUACAGGCAGCGUUGGGCGUCCAAAAUCAGGCAGGAUGGGUGCUAGGGGAGGGGGUGGCGCAGUCGCUGCGGUGCCCCCUGGAGACGUGGAAGGUCCAUGACGUCACGACCGUCGUCUCCGCGAGUAAAUCACGCCCCAUUUUGGGUCCGGUGUCGGAACAUGUUUGUACAUAAAACACGCGACCCAACGCACCCGGUGGCAUUGCGGCGGCAGGCAAACCCAUCCGGUAAACCCUCCCACCCCGUGAAAGUUGUUGUCAUUGUGACCCACCCAUGCUUGUUGUCGAUGUUUGGCAUGCUCGGUUCGAAGGGCGCAUAUACUAUUAUGGUAUCUACGCUUUUCGGAGAUCAGGAGGUUUUCCAGAGCUCCCGGUCGGCCAGGUCUGGUUGGGAGGGGGGUAGGCAAGCGGGAGAACAUAUUGGUGGUCGGGCGUGUCUGCCGCGGGGUGCGCGGCGUGUUUCUGUUGUCGUUGUUGCUUUUGUUUUCUUCCUGUGCGCAAUGAAGCGCAUCGCCACGCAGCAUCGCGGCAACCUCGUUGUAUAGCCUCCCUCCCCACGACCAGCGAUGCGAUGUGUAGGUUAGAGUUCGACGUCAUCAGGCGUGUACGAAGAAGAAGAAUAAGAAGAGCAGACUUUUUUUAGAAAUCCCAAGGGCGGGGGGUUGUUUCCUCCAUGUUCAGCAGGAUACAUAGAUGACAUGGUCACCUUGUGUGGAGUCGAUUUCAGAACGCGCGACCACUCAAGGAAAACUCUUGUUUUGGCCUUGCCAAAGUUCGUCUAUGCGACCACUACACAGGUGUAGUGUGUAGGCUUGUUGAUUGAGCACCUGUUCUUAUGGCCAACUUGUUAGAUUUUGGGAAUUUUGAGGCUCAAGUUCAAAAGUGGUGGCGCGUUCUGCAUAGUUUUCAGGAACAAGAAGGACGGGGGGGGGGGACAGGGAAGGAGGAGAGGGGGGGGGGGGCACCGUGACUGUAUUUUUUGUUCCAUGUUCUGUCCAGCCGUAUUUUCCCGGGUGUGUUUAUUGUCAAGGGAGAGGGGAGCUUGAGAAGAGAAGCCUUUACGAUUCGGAGCGAGCGCACACACUUUUCUGGAUUAGAUUUUGUCGUCAUGGUGUGUAAUUGAGAGAAUGUGUGUUUCUCUGCCUUCGUGUUGGCUAUAUUUGAGGGGGAGGGAAUUGAUAGGGUUGCCGCAUGGCGGCAGGGGUCUAAACUGCGCGCGUGCGUGCGUUCGUCUGACAUAUCUUCCACGUAUUUUAUGAGUUUUCAUGUCGCCGUCACUCUGUGAUGCCUAGGUAGCGUUGUGUUGCGGUAGGCCCUCAACAGCAUCAGGUGUGAGUUACGUGUCGUCUGUAAGAUCCUCGAGGCAAGAGGGGCGGCGGCCAGUGUUUAUGAAUAUGGACCCGCUCCCGAAUAGAGACAUGGUUCGCCUGCCGGAAACUUUGACCCUGGUGUGGUGGCAGGGAGGGGGCCCCGCGGAUUGCGCGGCCCGGCACAGAUGACUGUGCCCCUCGCCUCGAACCUUACCUUGUAGUUGCUUCUGAGAAUAAGAACAAUUUUCUACAAUGUCUCUCCGCAGGGAAGGAAGACAGACAAAAUUCCAGGAUACUCAAGUCAGUCGUGAUAAUACUGAAAUU